AAAACCCUAAUAAAUCUUCUCUUUCAGUAGUCAGAGGUUUCUUGAGGUUUCAGUUUCUUGUCUUUCGGGAUAAACAGUAGCUGACAAAUGGCCCCAAAGAAAGGAGUCAAAGUAGCUACAAAGAAGAAGCCGGAGAAAGUAACAAACCCUCUCUUUGAGAGGCGUCCAAAGCAGUUUGGAAUCGGAGGAGCAUUGCCUCCGAAAAAGGAUCUCUCGAGAUACAUCAAAUGGCCAAAGUCUAUCCGUCUGCAGAGGCAGAAGCGUAUCCUGAAGCAGAGGUUGAAGGUUCCACCAGCACUUAACCAGUUUACUAAGACCCUUGACAAGAACUUAGCGACUUCUCUGUUUAAGAUUCUCCUCAAGUAUAGGCCUGAGGACAAAGCAGCCAAGAAGGAGCGUCUUCUCAAGAAUGCUCAGUCUGAGGCUGAUGGAAAACCUUCGGAGUCGAAGAAGCCAAUUGUUGUCAAGUAUGGUCUUAACCAUGUGACUUACCUCAUUGAGCAGAACAAGGCGCAAUUGGUGGUAGUUGCUCAUGAUGUUGACCCGAUUGAGUUGGUCGUCUGGCUGCCCGCAUUGUGCAGGAAAAUGGAAGUUCCUUACUGCAUUGUCAAGGGGAAAUCACGAUUGGGAGCGAUUGUCCACCAGAAAACAGCAUCUUGCUUGUGUUUGACCACAAUAAAGAACGAGGAUAAGCUGGAAUUCAGCAAAAUCCUAGAGGCCAUUAAGGCAAACUUCAAUGACAAGUAUGAAGAGUACCGUAAAAAGUGGGGAGGUGGGAUUAUGGGAUCCAAAUCGCAGGCCAAGACUAAGGCUAAGGAGAGGAUUUUAGCCAAGGAGGCUGCUCAGAGGAUGAAUUAAGAAGCUCUUUAUGGGUUUCAUUUUUGGAAAGCUAAUUUUAUUCAAUUUGCACACUACUAAGAGUUUAAAUCCAAGUAUCUCUCUUUUUCACUAUUUUGCUUGCAUCGCCUUAUUUCGACUUAGGCUAUAUAUACAAACUUAUUUAUUGGCCCCAAGAGACCACCUUAUUGUUCCAUCAAAAGAACUAAAUUUUAGCAACUGUU